CGGCUUCGUGCUCAGCGACAACCGCUGCGUCCGGCUGGAGGAUUGCGGCUGCGUCGACUACAACAACGACUACCACGAGUCUGGGGACAAGUGGCUGAACCAGCAUUGUGACACCAGAUGUACCUGCAACAAAGGACAGCUGAGCUGCAAGGCCCACAAAUGCAGCGAAAACUCGGUGUGCGCCCUGAAGAAGGACGGAAGAUACAAAUGCAGACCUGUCUCGUUUGAAGCGUGCCUCAUCUCAGGCGACCCUCACUACCUGACCUUCGACGGACUGGGCUCACCACUUCCAAGGGAAAGGCACCUACACCCUGGCCACCACCUACGCCGACUCCGAGACCCUGCAGCCGUUCAACAUCGAGGGCAGAAACAAAGUGCGGGCGGGGUAACAAGAAGGUGUCCUACUUGGCCACGGUCUACAUCGACGUCUACGGCCACUCGAUAGAAUUCCACAAGAGGAAGCGGCUGCUGCUGGAUGAUGAAGAGGUGACACCUCCAUACAAAUCACGUGAAGGUUUCCACAUCUACCAGAAGUCCAGGACCCUGUAUCUGGAGACGGACUUUGGUCUCUCCGUCAACUUUGACGGAAAAGAGAAUGCAGAUAUUAUUGUUCCCAGCCUGUACAAGAGGAAGGUCCGAGGGUUGUGUGGCAAUUAUGACGGGAGAUACAGGAACGACUUCACCCUGCCGGACGGCACGCGGGUUUCCGACCUGGAGGAGUUUGGGAAUAGCUGGGAAGUAGAGGACGACGAUGAUGAUGACUAUGAACGGAAGAGGAAGUGGACACAACCGUCCGAGCUGAGGAGGUUCAGGCGUGAGAAUGUUGAGGAGGGCACAGAUCCCGAGCCGGAGACCGGAUACGUGAGUUGCGAUGCUUCCACCUUCAACAGCACAACUCAAUGUGGGGCUCUUCUGAACCCUCAAGGGCCGUUCCGCAACUGCCAUCCUUUUAUUGAACCAGAAUUGUAUUACCGGAACUGCCUCUAUGACUUGUGUCAGACCGCUGACCCCGAGAUGCUGUGCGCCAGCUUUGAGAUGUACGUCCAAGCCUGUCAGGCGAACGGCACCGCUCUGCCUGACUGGAGAAAAUACACAGGCUGUGCGAUGGCCUGUCCCCCCAACAGCUCGUACAGGCCCUGCAUGGCUGCCUGCCCCCCCACCUGUGCAAACCUGGCCGCCCCAUCAGAAUGUGACAGCCCAUGCAUGGAAGGAUGUGAGUGCAACAGGGGCUUUGUCUACAGCGGCUUUGACUGUGUGCCUUACAGUCAGUGUGGCUGCACCUACCGGAACAAGUACUACGAGGUUGGAGAAAGGUUCCUCACUGAUGACUGUACAGAAGAUUGCAACUGUAAUAUGACAGAUACCAUUCAGUGUUCGACAAUGCGUUGUCCUGAGAACACAACAUGCACCAUCAUCAACUCCAAAAGAACAUGUGGGCUCACUUGUGGCAGCGAUACUUGUCAGAAUGGCGGCACAUGUGCAGAGACUAAAAGUGGAAUUAAAUGUUUGUGUCAUCCGUUGUACAGAGGGAAAUACUGUGAAGAUAACACCAUCAUCAUCAUUAUUGCAGUACUGGUACCCAUUGUGGUCCUUCUCAUCGGAGCCCUGAUGAUUUACCUCUUCUGCUGCAGGAACGGAGGGGUGAAGGAAAGAGACAGUACGAGUGACAUCAGCUCCAUUGUGAGUUACGACAACAUAGCAGACCUGACGCAGAGCUGGCAGCUCGACCAAGGUGCAAGGCACGGCGGGGUAUCGAACCCGCAAUACCAGCGCUAACCGCACUGAUGCCCGGGACUGAAACUGAUUUGUCUGAGAU